UCUCUAUAAUUUGUAGCAAUGGUGUGCUCCAGCGCAGAACGCGGCGCCGCGGGAAAGGGGGGAGCUGGCAGCGCGCCAUCGCGAUCGCGGUCACACACCAAAACAUACGGAUUUCUCGGGAAAAAAUAUCGGGCACUUGCAGAGUCCGUCCACACCUCGCUCCGGCCAUACAGCUGCCAAACUCUAAAUGCUCUAAUUCGAGAGCUCCAGUUAGCCGCCUCGUAAAUUACUGAAGUGUCGUAUCAAUGCUUUGACUUUCCGCUAUGUAAUUAGUGCGUUGGCUGUAGUUCCCUACGGUGUUUGGUGCUAGCUACGGUUCUAUUCAUAUAAAGAACCCAGAUUUUGUUUUAUUGUCCUGCAUUCAACCAAUAGUGAUGCUGAUGUCCACAACAGUCAAAUUGGAAGCGAAUUUCCCUUUUGCUAUAACAAUGCUCAUUUGGAAAAUUUCAGCGUGUGUAGUAUUACAAAAGGUAUUACUCCGUUAAGAGUCAGGCGGUAGUUACUAAGUGGCAGCUUAAUGGAGACCGUGUACCCUGCGUCUGCGUCGGCGCUGGCGCGCGGGCGUCGUCUGCGGCGCGCCGACCCGCGCUCGCGGCACCGCACUACGCCCGUCACUUUCGCAGAGAUCAAGGAAGUAGACGAGGAGAACGAGGACGCAUUAGCGUCGGCAGCGGCGAGCGAGGAGCGGCGUCGGCGGCCAGACUUGCUUGACGAGCCGCUCGGCCGGCAGUUCGCAGAGUUCCGCGCGCGGCGAGCGCGGCGGGCGCGCCGGGAGCGGGACGAACUGCGCGAGCGCGACGCGGAGGAGGCGCCGGCCCCAGCGCCGCUCGCCAGCACGGCGCGCGCGGGCAGCGAGCCGGCGGGGCUGCAUCAGUCUCCGCCGCACGACACCUGACUGCCGCCUCCGACUGCUGCAGGUCCCAGGGACCGGACUAGUUUAUUGUCGUUACCGAGCUGAGGGCUCACUGAAAUGAGGGAAUUCGCGAGAGAAACAUCUCGAAAAAUAUUUAUAAUUUACCCUAUUGAGUUGUUAACUAUACCUACUACUAAAAUAGUUACCUAACAAUAAAUUGAAAAUCAUGAAACAGUUAAGUAAAUUUUAAUCGUAGCCGUGACGUGGUUGUGGAAAGAUGGUUCUAUUGGAACACGAUUGAAUCCUUGGUGGUUAUGUACAGUAACAUAAUCAAGAGUUUUGAUAACUAAGGGUUAAGGGUUGGUUUGGAUAAGAUGUCUGAAUUGCGAAAUUAAUGAAAAACACAAUGAGUUUGGCAAUCUCUUUUAUUGCAUUUUACAAU